UUUUUGGCGCGAUCUCCACGGUAACAGCAGCUUUUCUGGUUGGUGAAUGAGGUUCACGUGAUGCGUCGGUUAAUUUCUCCCGCUGAAGUUGAAGAAGACGUCUCAGACAACCGCUGUUCAGGACUGUGCAUGGGCAAGAAAACUUGACAGACUGUUGGUAUGGAUGACAAUGUAUCACAUUGUGAUUUUUGAAAAAACUAAUGAAGUAGAAGUGGUGCCUUCCAAUUGGGUCAAAGAAAAUGAAUGUAUGUGGCCACCAAAUAAAGUGGAUGUUGUAAAAGCCACAAAAAAUAAGGAGCAACCUGGGGAAGGAUGGACUCCACACAGGGUCAGAAUAAUAUUUACAUCGAACAGUUACAGUGAGGCAAGAUUAAAACUACCUGAAGCUGUCGAACACACAGACCUUGCAACAGAUAGGGAGGAUUCCCCAAUUAAACCCAAACGAAGAAGAAUGCCAAAGAACCUAUUUUUUCCUGGAGAAGAUGAGGAUGAAAAAAUCAGUGUUGAUCAGUCAAAAGAUAAUGCAAAGAAAAGAAAAGAAGAACUGCCUAGAGCUCCGAAGAUCUUUCACUCAUUUGCUUCUGACUCCCAAAGGAUGCAGAAGACUGGAUCUACUCAGAAGUCUGUGUUGGCCAAAUCUAAGCCAACAAAAUUUUUACCAAAUAUCCCUCCUAAUUCCCAAAGUCAUCAUACUUCUAAUGUACCUAAGAGGACCCACACACAUUCUGACCAGUCUCGAAGAAACCAUGCAACUGCUGAUCCACUUGAGAGGAGCCGCAUUAACCCUGACCCGCUUCAGAGAAGCCGCACUUCUAACCAGCUUCAGAGAUUCCACACAAGCUGUACUUCUCCCAACUUGUCUGACAAUGAUUGCACUCCACCUGACCUGCUUCAGAGAUGCCAUGCUUCCCCGGAUUCACGACCGAGAAAAAGUGCAACUACUGAGCCAUUUCAGAAGGUCCAGACUUCCUCUGAUCCACUUCGAAGUGGCCACAAAACUUCAGACUCCGUUCAGAGAGGCCGCAAUUCCCCUGAUCCGCUUCAGAGAAGCCACACAACUGCUGAGCCGUUUCAGAAAGUCCACACUUCCCCUGACCCGCUUCAAAGAAACCAUGCAAAUUCUGACCCGUUACAAAGACGCAACACUUCCCCUGACCUGCUUCAGAGAAGCUGUAUUUCUCCUGACUUGUUUGAGAUAGAUUAUACUCUCCCUGACCCUUUUCAAAGAAGUCACUCUCCCCCUGACCCACUGCAAAGAAGCUGCAUUUCCCCUGAUCGGUGUCAGAGAGGGAUUGUUUAUCACCAGCCACAAGGACUAUUAAGACAUCAAGCUGUUCUUGAUACUUCCCUCCUGCGUAACAUUCUCACAAAUCAAGAGAUCAUGAUGGACCAAAUGAAGAUAAUCUAUAGGACAGUUCAGGGUCUAAAAUCUGUCAGUGAAGAAGACAUAGGCCUUGAAGCAAACCUACUGCCAGUAGCUGAUCUUCAGUCUCUGCAAAACUUGGAGGAGCGAUUGAGAAAAUUUCCUGACUUUCAAAAGCAAUUGAUAAGCAUGUUGGCAAUGAAAGGUGGGACAGACACCAGAGAUGGAGUUUGGAGAAUAAUGACAGCAACAAUCACAAACUCCCUGGCCAAGAAUAUAAAUAUGCGUGGUGUUAAUGGGAAAAUCAGCUUUAAAAGCUUGCAGUUACGAAACAUUGUUCUUGCUGCUGUCAGAAAAAAUCGCCUCACACAACAUGCCACCGAUCAGGAGAUUGAAUCAACCAUUCAAAGAUGGCUUCAGCUUGCUCCUGAUCGAGAUGGAGGAAGGAGAGAGUGCUUAAGGAAAAAAGAGGCCCAAAUAGGAUCACUUUCUCCCACACACACACAUUCUGAUGUGUAAAUUUUUUUAAUUUGCUCUAUGUUUGUUUAGAGUAAAUUAGAUUAUAAUGUUCAAAUUUCAGUACUAGAUUUCUUUUAGAUUCAUUUAGUUAGGUAGCUCAUAUAGCGUUCACACAGUUGCACAACUCUAGCUGUCCUUUCUUUUCUUUUUUUGGCUUGUGCAUUACUAAAGUAUCUAAGCUUGAACAUUUUGAAAUUAUAUGCUCUUUUACGGGUUGUAAUAAGAUGUUACACUUCGAAUGUACAAAAUAAAAUAGCAUUCACACUGUUACACAAUUCUAGGUGUAAUAUAUAUAUAUAUAUAUUCUUGGCUGGUAUUACUGUUAAAUAAAAUUUAAAUUGAAUAAAAUAUAGAAUUUUUCUGUGACUUAUUUGUUCACAUGGUUUGGGUAAGAUUAGUCUGGGUUAUGGCUCAGUUUUGGGGUUUCUGGUUAAAGGGUGGUGUUGAUAUGGUUAACUUAUGACUGAGAAUUGGUACCAAUAAUAAAACCUGUUUUGGCCCAGUUCAGGGCCAGUUAAGGGUGACUUACUGGCUGAGAUUUGGGCCAGUUAUGGCCCAUGUGUGACCCUUGUAUUUAAUCCAGUUCUGGGCCACUUCAGGGCCGUCAUUCUUUGCGGUACUUGGACCGAGGGUUAUUGGUUUGUGUCUGAACUAUUUUUGAGAAUUGAAUUUUCUUGUGCCUUUUUUUGUUCACAUGGUUUGGGUAAGAUUAGUCUGGGUUAUGGCUCAGUUUUGGGGUUUCUGGUUAAAGGGUGGUGUUGAUAUGGUUAACUUAUGGCUGAGAAUUGGUACCAAUAAUAAAACCUGUUUUGGCCCAGUUCAGGGCCAGUUAAGGGUGACUUACUGGCUGAGAUUCGGGCCAGUUAUGGCCCAUGUGUGACCCUUGUAUUUAAUCCAGUUCUGGGCCACUUCAGGGCCGUCAUUCUUUGCGGUACUUGGGCCGAGGGAAAAGUGAUUGUGUGGCCCGGAGCUGGGCCAGAAAAAAAUUGCUAUGUGGGAUUCAGCUUUUCAAUUGAACUUCACUUCUUUUUGUAUAAUGAGGAAAUGGAUUCGGCAGCAUCUUUCU